CUCUAAGAACUACCGUCUUCUUCUUCUUCUUCUCGCUGUCUGUUGAUUUGAUUAGUUCCUUCUGUUCUGCUCUAUUGUAAAUCGGAAAGAAAUCAGACGAUGGAGGGAGAAGGAGGAGGGAUAAGGCUGAGCAAGGUAUUCGACGAUAAUAAUAAGAAGAGUGGAGGGGGAGGUGAUGAGGUUGAUUACAAGAACAAAUCCGGCACUGCCUGGAGCCAUUCCUACCUGAACCAGAAGCCAUGGCAUCCUCUUUCCUAUCCUAAUCAACGCCGCAAAUGGAUCGCAGAACAGACCCACGCCCAACGCCAACGCCGUACUGAAGAAGUUGCUCGCGAGUAUGCUCAAGAACAGGAAUUCUUCAGGCAAACUGCUCUUAUCUCUAAGAAAGAAAAGGAGAAGAUAGAGAUGAUGAAAGCUGUUAGCUUCAUGUAUGUUCGCCCUCCUGGUUACAAUGCUGAAAGUGCCAAGGCCGCUGAGAUUGCAGAUGCUUCACAACCCCCGGCCGCCGCCGCCUCAUCAUCCUCCAACUCCAUGCAUCCCGAAUCAGUCCCUGGUGAUGACAAGAAGAAACCAAGGCCUAAAGAUGCUUUUGGCCGUCCUUUACCCACCCAAGAAGAUUUUCAAGUCCUCACUAAUGCUCCGCGCCUGGAGACAGGUGUUCCUGCAAGGGUGAAGCCAUUUGGAAUUGAAGUGCGCAAUGUAAAGUGCUUAAGAUGCGGAAAGUAUGGUCACCAAAGUGGUGAUCGUGAAUGCCCACUGAAAGAUGUUAUAAUGCCUAACGAGGAGAGUCGUCUGAAAAGAGAUGAUCCCCUGACUGCAAUCGUGGCUCAAACAGAUCCUAGCGAGCCACUUAAGUGGGAGCUGAAGCAAAAACCAGGAUUGAGUCCUCCUCGUGGUGGUUUUAAUCCAGAUGAUCCCAACCAGCAAAUUGUUGCUGAGGACAUAUUUGAUGAAUAUGGAGGGUUUCUCAGUGGUGGUAAUAUCCCUGAUUUGCUGACUAACUUCUCUCCAAGUGAACGGAAAAAGAAGUCAAAAAAGAGUAAGCACAAAAAGGAGUCAUCGCCAAGUAGAGAAAUAAGGGCUUCUGAAGAAAAUGGGUUAUCUUCACCUUCCAACAGGGAGGAGAAGAGAUCAAAGGAAGAGAAGAAAAGAAAAAAGAAGAAGAAAAGGCUGGAUCAUUCCGAAUCAAGUUCAUCCGAAGAUUUCGAGUUUGACAGGCCUUCCAAAAGGAACAGGCACAGGCAUUCUUAUUCUUCUGAAGAUUGUGACCCUGACAAGAAUCUUAGGAAUAAAAAGAGCAAGCAAAAACAUUAUUACUCUUCCGAAUCUGAUUCUGACAGGUGUAGAAGUAAGAACAGCAGAAAAAAAGAUUCAUAUUCGACUGUAUACUUCCACUCUGAGAGGCAUCAUAGAAGUGGCAGGGACAAGCAAUCUUAUUCUCACUUAUCCACUGAUUCCAAAUCUGAUAGGCAGCGUAGGGGUAAAAAGCAUUCUCACCGCCUCUUCCAUCGGUCUGAUUCAUAAUCAGAAUGAGUUUGUAGGCGUCUUAACUUUCCUCUCAAGUACUAGGAGAACAGGGUGUUGAGAAACCCGCUGCUCGCGUCUUCUGGAAAAGUUUUCAUGGAUGAUAGAUCAGGCGACAUCAAUGUUUCUACAAAAUACUCGUUUCACAAUCAAGCAACUUGUUGUAAAGUAUUUCUGAUCAGCACCAAUUUUCAGAGCGUACCCAUGUGAAUUGGGAACUUAGUUUCUAUGUGUACUUGUGGCUGAAAAUGUUGCGUUUAACUUA